AUGGCCGCUGAUGUCAAACAGUUUGUGUUGGCCUGCACCAUAUGCGCUCAAAACAAGUCGCUCAAUCACCCUCCUGCUGGUCUGCUUCGUCCCUUGCCCAUCCCCUCCCGCCCAUGGUCUCAUAUAGCCCUUGAUUUUGUAACAGGACUUCCUGUAUCCAUGGGGAACACCGUGAUCCUCUCGGUGGUGGAUCGCUUCUCCAAGGCGGUCCAUUUUAUUCCACUCCCCAAACUCCCCUCAGCCCGGGAGACUGCUCAACUGAUGGUAGACCACGUCUUCCGCCUCCAUGUCCUGCCAGUCGACGUCGUGUCUGAUAGGGGCCCUCAGUUCUCAUCCUGGUUCUGGAAGGAAUUCUGUAGACAGAUCGGGGCCUCUGCGAGUCUGUCUUCAGGGUUUCAUCCUCAGACCAAUGGGCAAUGCGAGUGGGCCAACCAGGAUCUAGGAAGAAUGCUCCGCCCAUACCGCAUCACUAAAGUGGUUAAUCCGGUGGCCGUCAGGCUCAGACUUCCUCCCUCCCUUGGUCGGGUUCACCCUGUUUUCCAUGUGUCCAGGGUUAAGCCUGUGCUUCGAUCACCUCUCCAUCCUGCCGGCAAUCGCCCUUCCAGCCCGCCCCCUCGUCUAGUGGAUGGCUCCCCGGCCUACUCGGUCAGGAGACUACUGGACGUCCAUCGCCGGGGGAGGGGCGUUCAGUACUUAGUGGACUGGGAGGGAUAUGGUGCAGAGGAGAGGAGUUGGGUCCCAUCCCGGGACAUUCUGGACCAGGCCUUGAUCAGGAACUUCUACCGGAGACAAGUACUCACCAUUUGUCCUGUCUGGCUCCAGUGCUGUUACCACUACCGGGUGUCUGCAUUUUUCUGCCUUGUUUACCCCAGCGACCACGGCUACCGGACCUCACCUCACGUCUAUCUGGGGAAGCGGGAACAAGCUCUCUCACGGAGAGAGAACUAUCUCUGCCGGUCUUCUCCUCACCAAGGGUUCUAG